UCGCAUUGAAGAGCAAAACGCAAAGAAGAAAAAUGAACACAGAUAUUACUGCAUCGGCAAAACCAGAAUACCCAGUAAUAGAUCGAAACCCUCCUUUUACUAAAACUGUUGCUAAUUUCAAUACCCUUGAUUAUCUUCGCCUUACUACUAUUACCGGCAUCUCUGUCACUGUCGGCUAUCUCUCUGGAAUAAAGCCUGGGAUAAGGGGGCCAUCAAUGGUAACAGGAGGUUUAAUUGGGGUUAUGGGAGGAUUCAUGUACGCUUAUCAGAAUUCUGCUGGCAGGCUCAUGGGUUUUUUCGCUAAUGAAGGAGAGGUAGCAAAAUACAAGAAAUAGCUCUCUUUUAUUUUGUUUUGAGUUUCGUGGAUUCUUUUUGUGUUGUUGGAUAUACUAUGUGAAAGGGGGAACUGCCCUUUCUGAUUGAAUUUUGAUGAGACUCAUAUCAUGAAUAAUCAGACUGUAAUUACUUCCCUGUUUUUAGUUGCUUAUUGUGCUAUGAAUAAUUUCAAUGGUUGACUUGCUAA